CUUCUUCUCUCUCCAGCGACAGUAAGGCAGCGGCAGCGAGCAGCUUCGUCUCAGGCGACAACUCAGGCUAUCACUCAGAUAUGUAGAUAUGGUUUUGUUGAGACUUGGCCUUCAGUUACUAAGCAUUAUGGAUUUUCUGUAAAUUUCCUUGGAGAAUUGGGUUUGCAAUUUGAAUUUUGAGAUGGAAACAACCAAAGAAGAGGCCCUUAGAGCUAAAGAGAAUGCCGAGAAGCUAUUUGCGGUGAAAAACUUUUGUGGGGCUAAGGAUUAUGCUUUAAAGGCUCAAAAGUUGUGCCCUGAACUGGAGAGUAUAUCUCAAAUGGUAGCCACAUUUGAAAUUUAUACUGCUUCUGAGGUGAAAAUUAAUGGAGAAAUAGAUUUCUAUUCUAUUCUUGGAUUGGAGCCAUCUGCAGACAAAGCUAUGUUGAAGAAACAGUACAGAAAGAUGGCCGUUUUGCUCCACCCUGAUAGAACAAAACUGUGGGAGCUGAUGUAUGAAUAUCUUUGGAAGUACGUCAAUAAAAUAUUUUCCUGUAAGAACUGCCGUGGUGUUUUCAUUGCCGUUGAUACAGGAGCAGCCCCAAUAAAUAGCUCUUUCCCCUAUUGUGCUUGGUCGAAUGUGCCUGAUGAUCGGUAUAGAAGUCAUGGAUAUGGAGUUACAUAUGUCCCAACUACUUCUGUAUACUUUACAGGAAAUGGAGUCUCAGGACUUCAUUCUGGACACGGAUCUGAGUAUGCUUCUAAUGCAUCGCUUCAUUGGAGCUCGUGUCCUGGAGCCCCUACUGGAGUUUUGGAUCCUGAUGCAUUAUCAACAUCUGCUGAUGUUAUUCAUUUGAUCAAUGGAAAAGUCCAAUAA